CCAGCGCGAACGCAUCGUCGAUGCUGAACUCCGUCGCCAUAGGCUAUAGCAAUGGCCGGUCAGAGCUUGCCGACGUGAUGAUGGACACGCACUGCAACAGCGCACAGGACCAGUCAUCAUUCAACACCCAGUUCACAGCACUGAUGAGCGCCUCGACCACCCUCCGCAUUCUCUCCCUGCUGCUCUUUGCUGAGCUGUCCCUGUCCGCCACUGACCUCUACGUGACCCUGGGCUCCACCCUGGUCCUGCACUGUAUCCCGCCCAACUACACCGAGGUGGGGGAGCCCAGGUACUCGUGGACACACGUGCCCCUGCAGGACACCCUGGCACCCGCCCUGCACAGCAGCUCGCUGUCCAUCUCCAAGAUCGGGCCGAAGGACGCCGGGCUCUAUGAGUGUGUGACCGAGGGCUGGGUGCAGAGGUGGGGCGACGAGCGCAAGAUGAGGCUCAAGGCUGCUUUCUUUGUGCACAUCACAGAGAGCACAGACCUCCAGCAGGAGGAGCUGUUGGACGUCGAACGCGGGGAUAGCAUUACGCUUGCCUGCUCCUCCGCCCCGCAAUCCUCCAGUAUCCUGAUAACUUGGCACAGAGAAGUUCAGAGCGGGAAGGAGGAGCUUGACCUCGGGCUCGAGAGCGAGGGCGGAGCCAACGGGAGCAGGAGAAUACACUGGGCUCCUCCCAACUUGGGACCAUGGGCCAUCAAGGUAAACGACGUCACAGCGGAGGACUCGGGUGUGUACCGCUGCUCCUGGCAGGAACACGGGGUGCUGAAGAAUCACACCAUGGAGCUUGUGGUGAAAGCACCCACCCCGCAGCCUCCUCCCCGUUGCCACGGUUACACGACACCGUGGGAAACCUGCAAGGCCGAAAACAGCCGAUCCGGGAAAGCGAUCCUGGUCGAGUCGCUGACGGAAUUUUCGAUGCACCUCUACUCUCUGCUCAGCAAAUCAAAUCCCUCCUCCAACCUGCUCUUUUCACCAAUCAGCAUCGCCGGGGUGCUGACCAACCUGCUAUUGGGGGCCCGGGGUCAGACCAGAACGUCUCUGGAGCGCGCUCUCCACCUCCCUUCAUUCUUCUCCUGCCUCCACAGCGAGAUGAAGAACCUGCGGCAGGAGCUGAAGGAGAACGUGGAGAUCGCCUCGCAGAUCUACUACCACGCCGAGCUCAAGCUGGAGGAGACGUUCGCGAACCAGUCGGAAGUGCUGUACGGCUCCCGUCCGCAGCGGCUCAGCGAAAACGGCGAGCGCAACGUGGACAUGAUCAACGCCUGGGUGGCCGACAAGACGCACCAGAGGAUCAAACACCUGGUCAAGUCCCUGCCAUCCUCUGCCCAGCUCGUCGUCCUCAACACCAUCUACUUCAAUGGUAAAUGGCUGGUGAAGUUCCAGCAGAGGAAGGAGCUGGCCGAAUUUCUCACGUCCUCAGGGGACCUGGUGCCCGUCCCUGUGCUCUACAGCUCCAAGUACAAGAUGGCGCUGUCCUACAGCAAGGAGCUCGAUGCCCAGGUGGCGGCAGUGCCCCUAUCCGGCCAGGCCCGCCUCUUCGUGCUGCUCCCCAACACCUUGUCCUCCAGAGACCUUGAGGCGCUGGAGAGCAAGAUGGACGAGAGCAACAUCAGGGGGAUGGUGAAGAGCAUGGAGUCGGUCACGCCGGAGACGGUGGAGGUCACUCUGCCCAUAAUGAAGCUGGACAUUAGCACAGACCUCAUGGGCCUUCUGGAGGACAUGGGUCUGUCGGACCUCUUUGGAUCCCCGAACCUGUGCGGCCUGUCGGCGGAGGACACGUACCUCCCGUUGGCGCUCUCGGACGCCCAGCACCGCUCCUUCCUGUCGCUGACGGAGAGCGGCGUCGAGGCGGGUGCCGCCACCGCGCUCUCCUUAUCCCGCUCCUUCCGGUCCUUCUCAGUGCUCCGCCCCUUCCUGUUCAUGCUGUGGAGCGACCAGGCGAACUGCCCGCUCUUCCUGGGGCGGUUCAUGAAGCCCUGAGGGAGCCAGUCAAAGUGCAGGAGGGGGAGCCAAUCACGGGGGAGGGGCAAGGCAGGCAACCAAUCACAGGGAGCCAUCAGCUGCUGACGAUGGGAAUUUUGCGAGCAGAUACCGAAUAUUACACACAUAUCAGUGAGGGAAAGAGAGAAGGAAACAAUCAAACUAAAUUAAAACUCCUCUAGUUUCAUUUUAAGGGAAAAAUGAACCCUUUUUAAGAAUAGAAGGACGUGAUAACUCGCGAUACAAUACAGUGUUCCUCAUUUAAACAAAAGCGCAGUUGUGAGUUUUCACACUGACGCUUAUAUGGCGCAAACAGCUGCUAUCUUUCAAGAGACUCCCAUGUUUGAAAUGCUUCUAUAUUUUGUGAUUAAAUGCUGUUAAUUUUAUGUAGUAAAAGAUAAAAGAACCAGAACUUGCUCUGGA